CCUGGUCUCCUGGACUCCGCUCGGAGCCCGUUCCACUCAGUGGAGCCGGCACAUCCCCGCGCGGCGGCUGAGGCUCCGCGGCGCUCGCUCCUGGUGCCUCCGGGGCCGUAGCGGGCUGAGGUGCGCCUUAGCUCGGGUCAGUGCCAUGAUCCGGCCGGAACGCUCCACAUCCUACCAAGAGCUGAGUGAGGAGUUGGAACAAGUGAUUGAGAACUCAGAUCAAGCAGACAAGGAGGAAGACAAAGUCCAAGGCCCAAGUGACUUAGCAGCUUCAGGUCACAGUCUGGUAUUGUUGCCAGGCCUGGACAGCGAGUCUUCCUCUAGCAGCAUCCACUUCAGCAAGGCCUGCCUGAAGAACGUCUUCUCCGUUCUGCUCAUCUUCAUCUACCUGCUGCUCAUGGCUGUGGCUGUUUUCCUGGUCUACCAGACCAUCACAGACUUCCGUGAAAAGCUCAAGCACCCUGUCAUGUCCGUGUCUUACAAGGAGGUGGAUCGCUAUGAUGCGCCAGGUAUUGCCCUAUACCCUGGGCAGGCCCAGUUGAUCAGCUGUAAGCAUCAUUAUGAAGUCAUUCCCCCUCCGACUAGCCAUGGCCAGCCCAAUGACAUCAACUGCACCACUCAGAGGAUCAACUACACACACCCCUUCUCCAAUCAGACCUUGAAAUCCGCCCUGAUCGUCCGGGGGCCCCGGGAAGUAAAGAAGCGAGAGCUAGUUUUUCUCCAGUUCCGCCUGAACCAGAGCAAUGAGGACUUCAGCGCUAUCGAUUACCUCCUCUUCUCCUCCUUCCAGGAGUUCCUGCAGAGCCCAGACAGGGCAGGCUUCAUGCAGGCCUGUGAGAGCGCCUACUCCAGCUGGAAAUUCUCCGGGGGCUUCCGCACCUGGGUCAAGAUGUCGCUGGUGGAGACCAAGGAGGAGGAUGGUCGGGAGGCAGUGGAAUUCCGGCAAGAGACCAGUGUGGUUAACUACCAUGACCAGAGGCCAGCCGCUGAGAAAAGUGUUCAGUUGUUCUUUGUGGUCUUCGAGUGGAAAGAUCCUUUCAUACAGAAAGUCCAAGAUAUAAUCACAGCCAAUCCUUGGAACACAAUUGCUCUUCUCUGUGGAGCCUUCCUGGCAUUAUUUAAAGCAGCAGAGUUUGCCAAACUGAGUGUGAAAUGGAUGAUCAAAAUUAGGAAGCGAUACCUUAAAAGAAGAGGCCAAGCUACAAACCACAUAAGCUGAAGUGACCUUGAUCCUUACAGAACUGCUACAUGAAUCGAAGUCCUCCUCAUGCCUGUGUUGAUGAUGGAGCCACCAGCAGUCCUGUACUCAUGUGAAGAAAGGGACCUUUCGGGGAGGAACAGCCUAUCAGAUUGGAACUUCUAGCCCAGAAAGAGAUUGUUUCAAGCCUAAUGGAAAAGAUCCAGUGGAUAACCUGAAAGCUAUUUAAGUAUUUAAAUUAUUAAUGAAUGUUUUACAGAGCUUUUUGAUGUCUUAUGACUUAGGCAAAACCCUUAUGACUUUGGCACUAUCUCCAGUGCUGCCCAGGCUCUGACAAGCUCUCUCACUUGUUAACUAGUCGAUGAAACUUUAACAGCUGUUUGAAACUGGUGAGUAAAUUUCUUAUGGACUAACUAGCCACCUAGUUCUCUGGCUGGGCUCUCUGUUCAUGUAUAUGUGAGCUUAGUGAUUAACACCCUAAAACACCAAUACAGAUGUACAUAGUAGGUACCUACUCAGUGCAUUUUGAUUAACAGGUAAAUAAAAGUUGAGUUGAUAGAAAAG